ACGAACGGAAGUCACUCCUCUCCCUUCUCCCGCCUGCGCCCCGCGCGGGCUGCUUUCCGCUUCCGGUGGUACUUCCCUGUAGCGCGUCUGGAAGCGCAGUGGUUGCCAUGGAGCUGUUGGGCGAGUACGUCGGGCCGGACGGACAACGGCAGCAGCUGGAGGUGCCCUGUGAGUCGCCGGGCGACGCCGACCCUUUUCAGAGUCUGUUGUCCGGCGUAGCCCAGAUGAGGGAGCUGGUGGCUGAGCAUUUCGGCCCCCUGGUACAGCGGGAAGCUCAGGACCGGGUGGCGGCGGCUCCGGACGAGGCCUUGGACGUUUCUGUGCAUCAAGAAUCUGGGAGUGACUUCACUAGCAGUUCUGGCCCUCGGAUAGACUGCAGCAGAGGUGUCGGCCAGGACUGUGGCCAUCUCUUGGGAGAUCUUCUGACCUCACCCACAGGGGCUUCUCCACGUGACACGCAGCUGAUUCCCACUGGAGGCAAGCAAGCCAAGAGGGAGUGAGAGAACACCCCAUACAGAAGCUACAGGUUUUUCAUCAUCUUAUCUCAAAAGUGACAUCCCAUUACUUCUGUCGUAUUCUAGUCAUUAGAAGCAAGUCAAUAAAUCCAGCCUAUACUCAAAGGAAAGAGAUUACACAAGGAAUUCCAGGAGGCAGACUCACUGGGGACCAUCUGAGAGGCCUGCGCAUGACAGCUGUUACUGUUUUUUUUACAUAUACAGAGAACGAGUCUAUAGCUUCAUUACUUCUUUUUUUUUUCCCCUUUAUUCAAUGAGCAUUUAUUGAUAGCCACAUGUAACAGACACUGGGAAUAAUUCAUUACUUCUUUAUGUUUUACCUUUAAGUGGUCAAAUUCCUCUAUUAGAUCCAGGUUAGAAGAAAAAAAAAGUCCUCCAUUGUAUUCCUGAUCACUAAUUUAACUUUUAUAUGUAUCAGAGUGAUAAACACAGGCUGUUCUUUGUCCAUUCUACAGACUGCCAUGGGCCCUUGUAGGUUUUACAACCAACAUAUGUUCAUUCGGCUUCUUAGAAUACAGGCGUAAUUACCUCCUCAGGGUCCCUCUGCUCCAAGCAGUAAAUGCCCAUCUGCUUCUCACUUUCCAGUUCCCUCUGAUCUCACCUCCCUCCCCUUUGAGUGCCCUUUAAGGAGAAGCAGUAACCCACAGGCCCGACCCAACCACCUUCCUAGGAGUGGGAAGAAGACUUACCUUGUCUUCUUCUAGCUUCUAGCUUCAACCAGCUUCUGGCUUCUCAGAAACUAUGCCUUCAUUAUGCAACGAAAGCUUUUAAAAUGUGCAUUUCUUUUAUCUAAUGUGUGCCAUUUAUAGAAAUACAUCCUAAGAAACUAAGUAUAUUCACAAACAAUGCGUUCCCCAUGCAGUGCUUUUUAUCAUUGUGGAAAAAAGGGAAACUAUAGAAAUGCCUAAUAAUAAGUGAUAGGUUGAGUAAAUUUUGCCAUGCCCAAAGGGCUAUAAACUUUGUAGCCAUUAAAACAAAAUUGUACUGGGUGGAACCUAUCUAUGCAAUCGCUGUUUUUGUAAGCCCAAACUGGUUGCAUUUUGAUAAUCUCAGAUCCUUCAACCUAAUGGAAGGAUAUUUUUGGUAUACAAAUAAGUUUACAACCUACUAUUGAGUGAAAAAUGCAGAGUACAACAAUA